UUCCGGAUUGACGUAGAGGGCGCAUGUGCCGCUGGAGUAUACAGACGAAAACAAUCUGUCUCGCCGAUUUACACGCUGAGAUUCGAUUGACUUUGUAACCAGGUUUCAUCUCGUUCCUGGACCAUGGAAUUCCAGCCUCAUUCUGGUGAGCAGUACCCAGCCACUGAAUACCUGGAAGGGACCAUUCCUGUGGAGGGGUAUGUGGGAGAGGAUGGCCACGCCCCUAUUGUGGAAGAAUAUGCAGAAGGCCCUCCACUACCCAUACCCGGCUCCUACAGGGAACUGCACAGCCUGAUGGCAGACGGUGGGGACCACUUUGGGGUGUCUGCGGUGGCCUUUGACAGGCAGGAGGAACUGCUCUGGAUGGGAAACCAGGGGGGUCAUGUGACCUCCUACUACGGCACCCAAAUGCAGAAGUACACAUCAUUUCAGAUGCACGCAUCGAGGGAGAUACGACAAAUCACGACGUUUGACGAUGGAGUGUUGGGUCUAACCAGCGACAGCCUUCACUGCCAUGCCAGGCAGGGUCUGCGGGUGUUUGAUUAUCGUGGAGAGUCCUUGCAGGAUAUGCAGUGCAUGCUGAUCUACAACGGUACCCACCUGCUGAUGGGGGGUCAUCAGACCCUCCUGGUGGAGUUUGACCUGAUGGAGGGGCGCGAGGUGGCUACUUUCACCGCCCAGGACCCCGGCGUGGCAAUCAUGAGGCACGGAACCAACUUCAUCUGCUGCGGGGACACCAGUGGAAAGGUUCACCUUCGGGACCUGAGGAACCUGAAGGUGGAGCAUGUCCUGGAUCCACACUCAGGCACGCUCUCUGAUUUUGACGUCCACGGAAACCAACUCGUCACUUGCGGAUACGGCGAAAGGAAUGGAGGCUUAUCACUUGAUCGUUUCCUGAUGGUGUAUGACCUACGCACCAUGCGACCUAUGAACCCACUGCACAUCCCCAUAGAGCCUUGGUACCUGCGCUAUGUACCCACUUACUCCAAUAGGAUUGUGGUGGUCAGUCAGACCGGUGAGUUUCAGCUACUUGACCCCGGUGGUCUGGUGACUCCCGAGGCCAUGCUUCUCUAUCAGGUCAACAUCGCAGGGGACAUGACCCUCGCUGUGGAUGUCUCAAGCAACUACAAGGCCAUCGCUUUUGGGGACUCUGGAGGGUAUGUUCAUCAGUGGACUGAUUCAGAGGAGGUGACCUUCAAUGCUUUUCCAAGAGAGACAGAAUUUGCUCAUCCACCGGAGCAUCAUCCACCACUGUCCAUCAGUAAUGAGUUUGCCUCCUACUCAUGCGUCCCAAUGCCUUACAGUGAGGGGCCACUCCUGUCUGAUUGGCCAGCAGAGUACUGCUAUCCUGUGGUCAGGCAAGCCCCGCCCAUUGACCCUGAGAUCCUGCGCUCCAUGAAGGUGGUGCAAUUCAUCGGGUACGCCCCCAACCCGGGUACCAAGAAGCGCAACCAGGUCAUGUACAAGGAGGUCAAACCAGAGAAGCGCAAAGGCAAGGGAAACGUGCCAGAGUCACCACUCGGAAGAGAUGCCGAUACGCACAUGUACAUGGUUCCCAAGUACUACCGCAAGGUGGAGAUCAAAUACUCUAAACUUGGGGUCGACGACUUUGACUUCCGGCACUACAACCAGACUAACUUUGCCGGUCUGGAACCCCACAUCCCCAAUGCCUACUGCAACUCUAUGCUACAGUUGUUAUAUUUCGUUGAGCCGCUGCGUUGUGUCCUGGAGAGUCACCUGUGCACCAAGGAGUUCUGCUUAGCCUGUGAGAUGGGUCUGCUCUUCUACAUGCUGGACCAAUCCAAGGGACAAACCUGCCAGGCAAGUAACUUCCUGCGAGCAUUCCGUACUAUCCCUGAGGCUUCGGCGCUCGGCCUGUUACUAGGUGAGGCAGAGGAGGCAGCAGGCAAGGCCAACUUCCCCAGGCUCAUUCAGAGCUGGAAUAGAUUCGUGCUUGCUCAGCUCAUACAGGACACAGCAACAGCAGAAUCAGAAACGGAAACAGGAACAGACAGGGUCAAGCAGAUGUUUGAAGCAGACGUCAAGACAGAAGUCAAAUGUAGAUGUGGGAAGGAAACGGAGAGGUCGUCAGUUAGCCUGUUGGUCACCCUCACGUACCCAGAGUUCCUUCCACCAACCCCCACAAGACCUGCCAAAGAAGUGUCGUUUGCAUCCGUCCUGCAGAACAGUAUGCUGCUGGAUCAGACCAUGCAGGCGUGGUGUGAUGACUGCAACAGGUACCAGCCUACGUCUCAAAAGCGGACCUACAAGCGCUUGCCCGAUGUGUUAUCCAUCAACUGCCAUUUGGAGUCCAACUCGGACAUCAUGUUCUGGAAGAUACAGGAACAGUUAGCGCACGCCAGGGAUGCAGAAGCCCAUAAGCAGCAGUUAGAAGCUAACCUGGCCAGUAUCAAGAUGUGCCGAUAUGGCCAAGCAUGCACGAGGCAAGGCUGUAAGUUCAGGCACAUGGACGAGAGAGACGCAUCCAACCCCCUCCUACAGGAAGAGAACAAAGCAUCCUGGCUACCCCUCGGUCUCAGGAUGCGACUGAAUAAAGACGGAACCCUGGAGAUCAAGGAAAUCAGAGAUGAUGAGAAGGUAGACAGUUCUGGCUUUGUUGACUACUACCUACAUGCAUCCAUCGCUCACAUCAAGGAUGUACGGACGGGAGGAAACCUGGUAGCUCACAUACAGGUGGGCAAGACCUACCACAAACGCAAAGAGGGAGUGACGCAUAUGCAGUGGUAUAUCUUCAAUGACUUCAGUAUUGAGUCCAUUGAGAGGCACGAGGUGGUCCAGUUCAACAUGGAAUGGAAGUCACCUUGCGUCCUGUUCUACAUGAGAGAAGACAUCAACGACCACUAUGACAUCACAAUCAAUACCCCUAUAGACCACACCGUCCUGCAGCCGGAGGCGUCCCUGUCGCAGGGCGCCCUCAGUCACAGCACCUUCACUCCGCUGGACGUCGACGAGCUGCCAAAAGAGGGCGACAUUGUGGGCAUCGAUGCUGAGUUUGUCUCGCUCAAUCAGGAGGAGGCUGAGAUUCGUAGCGACGGCACACGAUCCACCAUCAAGCCCAGCCAGAUGUCUGCUGCUAGGAUCAGCGUGAUCCGCGGCCAGGGACCCCUGACUAGCCAGGCCUUCAUUGAUGACUACAUAUCCACACAGGAACAAGUCGUGGAUUACCUGACCAAGUUUUCAGGCAUCAAGCCCGGUGAUCUAGACGCCACUAUCUCCUCCAAGCACCUGACUACGCUCAAGGCCACCUACCUCAAGCUGCGCUACCUGAUUGACUGCAAAGUCAAGUUUGUUGGCCACGGACUGCGCAAGGAUUUCAGGGUCAUCAACCUCCUGGUUCCACACAAGCAGAUCAUAGACACGGCUGCCCUCUUCAACCUCCCCAAGCAGCGGAUAUUGUCCCUACGCUUCCUGGCCUGGUUCUUCCUUGGCAUGAACAUCCAGUCAGAGACCCACGACAGUAUCGAGGAUGCACGGACCGCCUUACAGCUCUACCGCAAAUACUUAGAGCUGACAGAGAAGGACCCAGAUGAUUGGCAGAAGGAGCUGAAACGAGUGUACAGUGAGGGACGCAGCCUGCAGUGGAAGGUACCCGGAACUGCUUGAGAGAGUUGACCAAAAAGAUUCAACUGUAUUCUUACGUCCCUCCAGGAAAGACUUGAAAUUCUGCCAGAAUGUUUGGAGUAUCAGCAAACCUUUUUAAAUCAGAAGGUCCACGGAACUACUUGAGACAGCCAGGCUUAAGUAUGGUAGACAGGUGAUGAGAUUGUGCCUUGGAAUUUGGCACGCAGUCACAGUAUGUCCUAAGAAAGAUAUUUGGCUAUAGAACCAUC